AUACUUCCAUCAACCUCAUGUCUAGAGCAAAAAAAUGCAGGGCCUCCAGCCCAACCCUAGUCCCAGUUUCUUCACCAAAAUGACUGUGACAUUCUACCAGGAUGAAUCAAGACCUCCAGCCUGCUCAGGAUGUAUCUACUGAGGUUGCAUUGGACAUUGAAGAAGACAAUGGUGCAGGUGCCCAAGAUAGUAGUGACAACAAUGCCAUUUGGACUGAAGCAGAGACAUCGGCUCCUAUCCAGUUCAUCACUGUUACGAUUUCUAUUGGACAAAUGUUAUGGACUAUUCAUUUCUCUUUACUCAUUGGUUAUACCAUCGGACUGAUGACUCAUUUCCUUCACGUACAUUUCCGUUUUCUUCGCAAACUACAUUACCUAGUAUAGUAGUUAGCCCUCAACAGGCAAGCCUCCCCUAGAUAGGACCUAACUCCUAUCACUGAUCUUAUUUUCUAUAAAUACCUUUGUAACAGUAGUAGUAUUUCUUCAAUACAAUUCUACGCAGUUU